AUGUACAGUGGGUCGAUUUUAUUUAACAUAACUCCAUUUUACAAUAAUAUUCAGUCAGGGGUGUUUAAAGUAAAACAUGGAUUAGAUAAUGAUACACAAUCGACUAUACGGUACGAAUAUUCUGUAUACCACUACAUUCCUUCAGAAGUUAACAACAUUGGGUAUGGAUUUGUUGCUCUUUUUAACUACUACAUGACAUUGGAUGGUGCUUCGACAUUUUGUACAUAUGAUGUUCUCAUGUGCCUCAUAAUAUUUCACGUUUGGGGCCAUCUGAAAAUUUUAAAAUACCAUCUAGAAAAUAUCCCAAAACCAACGAUAGAAAAAUAUGUAGAAGGAAAUUACUCUAUUAAAGUGGCAAUGUAUACUAAAGAGGAGUUAAAAACAAUUUUUGUGAUACUAAAAGAAAAUAUUGAACAUCACAAGCUGAUUAUGGAGUUUAUUAAUUUGGCAUCAGACGCUUUUGGUAUGAUGAUGUGCUUCUACUACAUGUUUCAUCAAAUUGUCGGGUGCAUAUUACUUUUGGAAAUAUCUGCUUUGGAUACUAAAGCCAUCGGUAGUUACGGUGUUCUUACAGUUGUUAUGUUUCAACAGUUAAUACAAAUAUCUAUUAUAUUCGAACUUAUAGGACAUAAGAGUGAAGCAAUAAAACAUGCUGUGUAUGAUAUACCUUGGGAGUGCUUGGAUGUAAAGAACAGAAAAAUAUUAUUAUUUUUUCUAUGUAAUGUCCAGACACCUAUAACCUUGAAGGCAAUGGGGAUGGUAUCUGUUGGGGUACAAACUAUGGUGGCUAUGACUCGUUCACUUAGAAGUUAUCUGAAUAACUUGAUGAUGUUCUCCCGAACGAUUCCGGCCACGGCGGCCAAUCUCAUUGAAACUAGCCAACUGCGCAGGAGAUAUUAUAGUGCACAAGUGUACGCACAGACACAACGUGCACUCUCUAUUCCUGUCACUCUCAUACUCCGGUGGGAUGACUGCUCGACACGACCGGUGAGAGUUAAGGCGCAGGACCGACAGCUUUACGUGCUCUCCGAGGCACGGGGG